AUGGCGCACGCUCGAAAGCAGCGGCUCGCAGUCCAGCUCAGCAACUGCCACCUACAGGAAACCUAUCGAAUGCACUCCCAGGGACAGUGACGAGUCCUGCGUAAAGAAGUUAGGCGACAACGACGCGGCGUUCCAAAGCUACACCACAUUCUUUCACCACGUGAACGCUAUUUGUCACCACUUAAGGCAUACCGUGUGGCAAGAGCAAACCGAAGGGCUGGUGCGAGGGCUCACGGCAUCAUCCCUGGCUACCUUUGACCGGGCAGAGCAGUCUCUCGAGAAACAAG